AUGCAGUUCUCAGCCGUCCUCCUCGCCACCGCCGCCUCCAUGGUCUCUGCCCAGCAGUUUGGCAUCAUCGCCAUCCGAUCUGGUUCCGACAUCCAGAACUCCGCCGUCUACUCCAACGGUGAGAAGCUCGUCAUCGGCGGCACCUACCAGUCCACCGACUACGAGGUCAAGGACAUGCUCCUCCUCGCCAACGGCAAGCCCGUUCAGUUCGGCAACGGCGCCAACAUCGUCGAUUCUGAGGGUGCCGGAACCCGAGAUAUUGAGGUCAACGGCCAGGACUACGUCUACGUCCCCAAGUUUGAGUGGACCGCCUGCCCCGCCCCCGAGGGUGCCGACUACGUCUACACUGUCGAGACCUCAAGCGUCUGCGGUGAGGCCGGCAUCCCCUUCGCUCCCCGAGCCAUGUACAAGGACGAGGCUGCCACUGAGGAGAAGCCCGCCGAGACUGAGGCCGCCCCCGUCGAGACCCCCGCUAUCACUGAGGCUCCCGUCCCCGUCCCCACCGGAGGUGCCGUUGUCACUGCCAACUCCACCAUCGUUCUCACCAUCACCGACUGCGGUGAGGGUGUUGAGUGCGUCACCAAGCCUCAGCCCCAGCCUACCCAGGUUGAGGAGGCUCCCGAGCAGGCCAACGGUGCCGCUGCUCUCGGUGUCUCUGCCGGUAUUGCUGGCAUCGCCGCCGUUGCUAUGCUCCUCUAA